AUGAAAGUCGAAAGUUCUAUUUUGAUUGUUUGCUUCAUUGUUAGCUUGUUUAGCGAAAUCAACGGCGCAAGUUCAAGCGUUAAACCAACAACGCAAAAUACUCCACCGCGAACCACUCCGCGCACAAAUACUCCACCGCGAACCACUCCGCGCACAAAUACUCCACCGCGAACAACACCUCGCCCACGAUAUUCAUACUGUUACACAUGCCAAUACGGUUAUUGUCCACUUCCAUUUCGACGUAACGGCGCUUAUGUACGUGAGACAAUUUCGUCUAGUGGAUAUUGCGUAAAAAUUAGUGAUACAGCUCUUACUAAUUCACCAGCACGUCGUGAUAUUGGUACAGGUUAUUGCGUGACCAGUGGAUGUGGUUGGAGAUUUGUCGAUGGAGCUAAUAAAUAUGUUUGUUGUUGUUAUGGCAAUUUGUGCAAUUCGGCUCUUCCAACAUCGAAAUUAAAUAUUUUUAUUUUAUUCUUAUCAGUUUCAUUAAUCACAUUUAUUAAAAGAUAUUUUUAA